CAUCAACAACAACCUUUCACUUUUCAAUUAAAACCUACAAAACCCAAAUCCUACAUCAAUCCUCAAAUUGAAAGCGACUCCAAACACUUUUGGCAUAUAUACAUACAUAUUUGCAAAAAUGUUUAGCUUUUCAGAGCAAAAUAACUUAUUUGGCCGUCGGUGUGUGUGGGUCAACGGGCCAGUUAUAGUAGGGGCAGGUCCUUCGGGGCUUGCGAUUUCAGCUUGCCUUCGGGACCAAGGGAUUCCGUUUGUAGUGAUUGAAAGAUCCGACUGCAUCGCAUCCCUUUGGCAAAAACGAACCUACGAUCGCCUCAAACUCCACCUUCCCAAAAAAUUCUGCCAACUUCCUAAAAUACCUUUCCCCGAAGAAUACCCUGAGUACCCAACAAAGAAACAGUUCAUCACUUACCUUGAGAAUUAUGCCAAAAAAUUCGACAUCAGGCCACAAUUCAACGAGUGUGUUCAGUCAGCUAAGUAUGACGAGGCUUGCAAGCUCUGGCGGGUCAAAACCGUCUCGACAACUGGUUCAGUCCGGUCCGAGACUGAGUAUAUCUGCCAGAUGCUUGUUGUGGCAACCGGAGAAAACGCAGAAGGCGUAGUACCGGAAAUCGAAGGCCUACAAGACUUCUCCGGUGAAGUCAUCCAUGCAAAAGACUACAAGUCGGGCGAAAAAAUUCCAAGGAAAAAAAGUUUUGGUCGUCGGGUGUGGGAAUUCUGGCAUGGAAGUCUCUCUUGAUCUAUCCAAUCACAAUGCGAAGCCAUCAAUGGUGAUUCGGAACUCGGUUCAUGUUCUACCACGAGAGAUGUUCGGAAAAAUCCACAUUCGAUUUAGCCAUGAUGCUGAUGAAAUGGUUACCUCUAUGGAUAGUCCACUAACACUCAAAAAUCACCAUGGAAAGACCCCGGUUCUUGACAUAGGAGCACUGGAGAAAAUCCGGUCAGGCGACAUCACCGUCGUACCGGGAAUCAAAAAGUUCACCGGAAAGACAGUCGAGUUAGUCAACGGCGACAUCCUCAACAUCGAUUCUGUCGUUUUAGCAACUGGUUAUUUCAGCAACGUCCCAUUUUGGCUUCAUGAAUCUGAAUUCUUUGCCGAAAAUGGAUUCCCAAAAACCCCAUUUCCAAAUGGUUGGAAGGGAAAGGGAGGGUUGUACGCAGCAGGGUUUACAAGGAGAGGGCUGGCUGGUGCUUCUGCUGAUGCAAUGAAAAUAUCAAAAGAUAUUGGAAAAGAAUGGAAAGCGGAAUUAAAGCAGAAAAAACAGAAGGUUCCUACACAUAGAAGAUGCAUCUCAACUUUCUAAUUUUAGAAACUUCAUUUUCCUUUUUUCAUAUUUAUUUUUUUAUUUUAUAUAUACAUAUAUAUGAAUAUACUGGGAUGUAAAAAAAAAACAAAUGAAAAAGAAGCAGAAAUAGAGCACAAAGAAGACCAGACCUUUCCAGAAAGCCCAAGCAUAAGUUUUUGAAGAAUGUUCGGGCAUUUUGCAUGCUGAGGAAGAUGAGGC